GGACGCACGCACACAAACGGUCUCCUUCACAGCUCAUGAAGGCUACCUGUUGGUCGGCUAGGAUACUUAGCGGGCUGGUUUGCAGUGGAAUGAAACAGUGAAAGGCUGAGAUAGUGAUAGGGCACAAAGAGGAAAGUCGCAGGGAGAGAAAGGAGGGACGCCGCUUGUGGUUGACUCGCCUCUCAUGCAGUUCCAACGCGCGGCAGCAGCGAUGAGCGUCCCUCUUUACGCACCCACUCCCAUCCAGCCGCCUCACCCGACUCCUUUCUACAUCGAGGACAUUCUCGGGAGGAACGGGGCGACCACUACCUCCUCCUCCUCUUCAUCCUCCUCCUCUUCGACUCCGGUUGUCCCCACACCGACUCUCCCGUCUCUCAAUUCCUCUUUCACCAGUUUAAUUUCGCCUUACCGGACGCCCAUUUACGAACCUACACCCAUCCACCCGGCCCUGUCUCACCACGCCGCAGCGGCAUUAACGGCGACCUACGCAUCCACCGGAGCUUUCACCGGCUCCAUCUACCCGUUCCAACACCACCGCUCCAUGGGGGAGUACGCACAGGCGCUGCUGAGGCACGACCCUCUAGGGAAACCUCUGCUGUGGACUCCGUUCAUCCAGCGGCCCUUACAUAAAAGAAAGGGUGGCCAGGUCCGCUUCUCCAACGACCAGACCAUUGAGCUGGAGAAAAAGUUUGAGACGCAGAAAUACCUGUCGCCUCCGGAGAGGAAACGGCUGGCCAAGAUGCUGCAGCUCAGCGAAAGACAGGUUAAAACUUGGUUCCAAAACCGAAGAGCCAAGUGGCGAAGACUUAAACAGGAAAAUCCCCAAGGAGGUAAGAGGGAGGUGUCGGAUGACGGCUCCGUCGGGAGAAGUAAAGGAGAUGAGCCGACCGAGACGUCCCGGGCUCACAGCCCGGAGCAGAGAGCGCCAGGGCCGGGCUCCGAGCUGGCGCAGGGCCGCUGUGCGCGCUCCGCCUCCCCGCAGGCCCACAGAGAGCUGGACUCUUAUAUGUCAGACGAUUCAGACCAAGAGCUGGACAUAGAGGACGACGACGAGUUCACAUUGAACCCCCAGUUCUGAGAACCACAUCAGGAUUGUUAUUGUCCACCGUUUGGAAAAACUUUUCCUAACACUUAGGCCUUUUUGACACAAUGACACCCGUGUUGAAAUAGUGUCUGAAUUGACAUUGACGUGAAUGAAGCAGCUAUGGUGGCAAUCUCAGACAUAAGACAUGCUGUGUGAAGCCUCCAGGCUAGCCCAAAUGAACUGUCACUAAGCCGAAUGGGCUUUUUAAACCCUGACGAUCAUUCGUUCCACUAAGCUUUCCUCUGGAACUGCAGGGAGAAUAAAUGAAUCCCGUCGUGCCGCCACCUUAUUCCUCAGUGGCAAUUCUUCAUCCGUCCAAUGUUUUUCAAAGGACUGUCGUCUCCAUUUGAAAAUAUUUCGGACAUCUUUUUGUAUCCAAUGUAGCCCAGGCCUAUGGCCUACUUGCUGUACUUUGUGUUUGUUGUGCUUUUUCUAUAUUGAUAUCCACUGUAAACGAGUAGUCUAGAAUAGAUUAGGGUUUCUAAUGUCAGUCCAGUAUAACACCUUGUUUGGUUUGGUUUGGUUUUGUUUUGUUGUGGAAGAUAAAUGCCCUUGAGCCUGUAUGGCUGUUUGUUUUACCACCGAAAAAGAAGUGAUGUGUCACUAAAUUGUCGAUGUAAUUCAA